GGCCCUGGUUAGUGACAGCAAACUACUGGUUCUCGGUGUAGUUGCUUUCGUUUGUUGUCUGUACGUUAGCUACUACACCUUUAUCAACUUUCCCUCCAUGUCCGGACACAGUUCAUAUCGAGCCUGUUCUGGGAACUCGUUUUUCCACAGCGACAGUUAGUCUCACGGACGGACGGACGGACGGCUUGUGUCAGAGAUUGAAUGUCAUGACUGAGGUGUAAAUGAAGCAGAGACACGGCAGACAUGGAGACCUGCGUCAUGUCUGCGCUGGACAGGCCCGCGGCGGAGCUGACGGUGACGGACAUCUACGACAUUGCGGCGCUCCUCGGGCAGGAGUUUGAGCGGAUUAUCGACAGGUUUGGGUGCGAGUGUCUGGUCGGGGUUGUGCCGAAGGUGGUGCGGGUGUUGGAGCUGCUGGAGGCGCUGGUGAGCCGCGGAGCCGCCGCACAGGAGACCGAGGAGCUGCGGAGGGAACUCGAGAGACUGCGGCAGGAGCGGAGCGACAGAUACGAGCAGGAAAGGAAACACACGAAGGAGUUGGAGCUGGUGGAUGAUGUGUGGAGAGGUGAAGUCCAGGACCUGCUCUCUCAAAUCACUCAGCUUCAGGCAGAGAAUAAGAGGCUCUUAGUGAGCAUCUCUCACAAAGAGUCCCCGGUCACAGAGGAAGACCUGCAGAAACAGGAGGGAAUGUCAGAAAAAGAAAGACGAGUUAUGAAGAAGCUGGAGGGCAUGGUGGAUAAGCAGAGGGAUGAAAUCCGGGCUAAAGACCAUGAGCUAACGCUAAGAAACGAGGAUAUUGAGGCAUUCCAGAUGCAGCAACAUCGGCUGAUAAUGAUCAACCAGGACCUUCGUCGCAGAAUAGGAGUGAUGGAAGCUCAGGGAAAGGCACUAAUCCAGCAGAGGGCUGAGCUGGAGGCUGCAGCCCAGGCACAGCAGCAGGAGGUUGGGGCUCUGCAGCUGGAGGUCACAAGGUUGAAAAAGGAGCUCCGGGAGUGGGAGCUGGAGAGAGCGCUUACUGAGAUAGAGGAGUCCUCUGGGAUGUGUUCGCCCUCAACAUCAUCAUCACAAAUGAUGAUCUCGGAAAAAACGCCACCUGACACCAUUAAACCAAAUUCAGUGUGGAUGGAGUGUGGAGGUGAUCCUGGAUUCUUGGCAAACUGCUUUGAGCACAACAAGGGCCCUUCCAUUCUCCCAGGCCCAUCUAAUGGAGAAAAUACUGAGGACGAGCGUGAAAAAGAUGAGGACACGACAACUUUGUUACUGAGGGUGCCAGCUGAUACAGAGCUAGAGGAGGAGACAGACAGCCUGGAGCAGGAGUCAGACAAACCUCGUUUUACUCUCCAGGAGUUACGGGACGUCCUGCAGGAGAAGAAUGAACUCAAGGCACAAGUCUUUGUGCUGCAGGAAGAACUGGCUUAUUACAAAAGCAAUGAGUCUGAGGAUGACACCAGCCCCCUUGAUUUUUCUCCAUCUCCUCCACUGUGCACCAAUUCCACUGAUCAGCCUGAGUCAGGAAUACGGCGCUUGAUCUUCACUGCCAUAAUGCCAAUGGUGGCAGCCGGCUUGAUCACAGAUGAUCCAACGUUGAUGCCAAUCCGAAGACUUGUUUCCUUUGUAUGAGUGUAAAUUCUUUAUCUUUUUUGACCAUCCAAAAAUGAGUUAAUUCUUAACUAUUUCUUAUGUGAUUUAAAACCUAAUCUGAUUAUUUUUUUGUCUACAUGGAUUCACAAAAUCAUAAAGACACUCAUCAGGGCACAACCUGUUACCUGUUGUAAUGUUGUGGAUCAGUGCAAAGUCAAAACUGUAAUGAAUUUAAAAAAAAUGUUUUAAGAGUAGUGUUAGCCAAGAAAAUACAUUUUGGUAAAAAAAAUUACCUUGCGUGGCAAAAUGAAACUAAGUAGUAAAAGGCGAGAUAAGUGGCUGAACGUGGACAGUCUUACAAGUGUCAAAAUACUCAGGGUUUUGUGGCUGCUUAAAAAAUUAUCAUCUGUGCCUGCUAGAGUUUAUGUAGAACUUAGCACCCGAUGUUCUCUCUCCUUUGCUUUUAUUAGUACAGAAUUUAUGUCACUGUGCUUUAUAUUGUACUUGCCUAUCAGUGGUAGCACUGCCUUAAUAGGCACUUUUAAGUUCCUGAGAAGUCAGAAAUUGGUCAAGCCACCUGUACCACAAAAGGUGCUGGGACUUUGAGUGUAAUAUGUGGCUCUAUGUGAUGGCAUAUUAUUGUGAGGACAUCAUUAUGGACAUUUUUAUCCAUUUGGGCAAAUGUUUCCUCUUGAUCUGGCCAUCGUUUUGGCUUUCAUUUUUAGUGAGAAUUCAAAUCAAAAUUUGAAAUUCAAAAUGUACUUUUUCUAUUUGGAUUAAUAGAAAAAAAUGACCAUACUCUCAAGUCAUUAGAGACAAAAAUGUACACUUACAAAAAUUGUUAUAAAAACAUUACAGAUUCAUAUUUUUGUCUGCAUAAAUCUCUUAAACUAAAAAAAAUAGUCUUGAAUGUGUCAUUAUGUCCUUGUCCUUAAUGACUCAUUUUAAAUUUGAUGCUAAACAAAAACUUAUAAUGCUUUUUUUAUAAAUAACAGUGACAUCAAACUGGCAUUUAACAGGUAAUACCCUCAAAAUGAUUGAAUGUUUAGUAUUUUUGAGGUUGUUAAAGAGUUUUAUGCAGAAACAUGCUGAACAAAAAUUAUUUUGUAAAGAUUUUAUAGCAGUUUUUUGGAAGUGGACAUUUUUGUUCUUAAUGACUUUACAAAAAACUGAUGCAUGAGGAUUAAAGGUCCAGUGCGAAAUAAUUUGUGUCAUCUUGUGGUGAGACUGUGGAUUGUAACAAAUGUAGGACUCACUGAUGCUAGGAAUACCAAAGCAAUUAUACACCAAAUACAAACAUGCUUCCAAGUAUUCAAUUUUUGUCAAUGUACCUUUGUAAUUUAACACACUGGACCUUUAAGUCUGAUUUCAUGGUACCUCUGUUUUCCUCUAU